AUGUCAUUCUGUCUUCCGGAUGUGAUUUUGCGUAUUGUCAUCCAAUUAGUGCUUUCGUUCCUUCACUGCCCGCUCUUAUUGCUCUUUAUCUUUACUCUUACCUACUGCUCCCGACAUGAAGCCAUCGAUGAUGCAUUUUUGCGUGGGCCAUCUAUGAUAAGAUGCGCUACACACUCGCGUAAGCCAUCUGAGUGUGAUGCGCUACAUCUAUGCAAACUUAGUCAAACCGGUGAUUCAACAAGAGAUGGUAAAAAUCAUGAACAACGUGAAACACGUCGUGUUGCUGACCAUAUUAGUAAACGUAGAAGAAGGGAUGCGGAAACUCUGCAUGAACGUGAAUUGCGUCUUGCUAAUGAGCGUGAGAGCAGGAGAAGAAAAAGGGCCUUAGAAACGACCGAUCAACGUGAAACAACAACAUGCCUUGAAGAAUGCUGA